GUGACGUGGACGGUUUGGGUGACGUGGACGGUUUGGGUGACGUGGACGGUUUGGGUGAUGUGGACGGUUUGGGUGACGUGGAUGGUUUGGGUGGCGUGGACGGUGUUGUACUUGGGCUGAAAGGUGAACUGGGACGAGGUCUCUUAGAGGAGGCGAUGAGUGGUGAGAUGAAGAGUUCCAGAGACGGAGGAUGGGGAUGGAUGAUCGUCGUCGCUUCCUUUGUUACAAUGAUCUGCACUCGCUCUGUCUCCAGGUGUGUGUCGAUCUUCUUUGUGGAGUUUCAGAUGCACUUCUCCACAGAUUACUCCACAACUUCCUGGAUUAUCUCCCUGCUGGAAUGUACCACUAUGCUCUGUGCUCCUCUAGGUAGUUACGUUGGAAACCGCUUGUCCACUAGAGUGGCAGUGAUGACCGGAGGGUUUUUAUCUUCUGUUGGACUUGCCCUCAGUUGCUUUGCCCCCAGUCUGCAGUUCCUGUAUAUAUCUGUGGGGAUUCUCACAGGUUUGGGAUUUGCCCUCAGUUUCACACCAGCAGUGGCAAUUGUAGGAACCUAUUUCAAUGAGAGGAAGGCUUUGGCAUAUGGAAUUGCCAUGUCUGGAAGAGGCAUUGGAACGUUCAUCCUUCCUCCUCUUUUUCAGCACCUCAUCAACCUGUACUCCUGGACGGGGGCUCUUCUUAUCUUAGGGGGUCUUGUUUCAAACUUGUGUGUCUGUGGGUCUCUUAUGAGGCCUCUAGUGGACCAAAGUAAAGGUGAAGAGGAGAAUGUGAAAGCAAUCCUGGAUGAACCUCAUGUUCAGGAAGACUCCUACCAAGAAGAGGUGAAUGACAAAGAGGAAGAGCAUGAGGAAUCUUCAGAGGAACUAAUAUUAAAAGAUACUGAGAUGAUGAGAAAGUUAAAAGAUUCAAAGCAAGACACAAGCAGUGAGCCCACUAACUUAAAGGAUUUAUCAAUUCUGAAGGAUUCCAAUCUGGUCACACAGCGAGCAGAAUCAGGUCUUGGCAAGUCGGUCGUAGCUGAACUACAGAUAGCUGACUUGAAGGUGCAUGACUCAAAGCUAAUCAACUUAAUGCUACCUGACAUGAAAAAAAUGGAUUCAAAAUUAUCUGAGUCACUGAUGCUAGCUGAGCCAAAGCUAGUGACCCCAAAGCUACCCCAAUCACAGACUCUUUGUGUGGUGGUGUCUUCUAAAUGUUCUGGUUUGCUGAUCAAGCAGUCAAGAAAAAGGACAAAACCGAAAUGCUGUCUUUUUCCACAAUCAUCAGGCAAGCACAGCUUCCUGUUCACGCCUGACUUCCUGAUGCUUGCAGUAUCCUUCCUCUUCCUGGCAUUUGGCUGCAGUGUGCCGAUCAUCUACCUGGUGCCGUAUUCUCUCAGUGUGGACAUCAGCCAUCAUCAGGCCGUCCUCCUAAUGUCCAUCCUAGGAGUUAUGGGGAUUGUAGGUAAUAUUGCUUUUGGAUGGAUCUCAGACAGGAAGUGUGUGAGGACGUUUCGUGAAGUCACUUUUCUGAUUGCAGUGGGGUUCGAGGGACUCAGUUGCCUCUUCAUGCCCUUGUUAAGGAGUUUUUCCACACUCCUGAUCUUCUCCGUUGUCUAUGGCUUUUUCGACGGGGCCUUCAUGGCUCUCAUCCCUGUGGUCACGUGUGAUAUUGUAGGCUCCGCCCAUUUGUCCUCAGCUCUGGGUGUGGUUGGCUUCUUGCAUGCCAUUCCGUACCUCAUCAGCCCACCAAUAGCAGGUUGGCUGUUGGAUCAGUCAGGCUCCUACACAGCACUCUUCCUCCUCAGUGGACUCUCACUGCUCUGUAGUGCUUUCAUCCUGAUUGCUCUGGCUUUACUGCGUCACUGCUGUAGGGGGCGCUCUGUCUCACUGCAGGACCAACACAAGGCAUAAAGUCACUUACACAAUGCAGCAUCAUUAAAAGCCCAGGAGAAUUUCCUUGUCUGACCAUCUCUGUCUAUCUGUCUCUUUUUGUCUGUCUGUGUCUAUACCUGUCUGUCUGUCCCUUUCUGUCUGUCUGUCCAGAUGAGUGUGUAAUAAUAAAGUUAAAUGUAUAUGGA